AAUUGAUCUCGUGUUGUUUCUCAGUUGAAGCUACGCCUCCUCCCAUCAAACCACGCCCCUUCCCCAGAAGACUCACCGUCCUUCAGCUGAUCGUUGAGCGGCCGCAGCUGUUCCUCUGCUGGACCUCCUCCACCUCCCUCCCCUCCUUCAGCCCAUGUAGGCGCGCGCGCGGAGCCGGCACGCGGCCGUUCCUGCAGGCGGACCUCCGCGUGGACUCCACCAUGUUCCUGCCGCUGUGGCUCCUGUGGACGCAGCUGCUGAGGCCAGGAUGUUCCACAGGUGAUCUGCUUCCUACCCAGCAUCCCCAGCGCAUCUCUCUGUACCCCCACCAAAAUGCGGAGGCCCUGGCAGGGCUCCACCGCCAUCACCGGCGGCAUUCCUCCAGGUUGGCCAAAGCGACGCUGGCCGGCCUCUCCGAGACUCACUUCCGUCAGGAACCCGACAGCCGGUGGAGCGGACACCUGCUGGCGCGGCUGCACCGCCUGGACACGCCGGAGCCGGCCACCGCGUCUGCCCGACAGCUGGUCACCAUGAAGAAUGUCCUGCAGGCCGAGCAGACGGAUCCCGUUUGGAGCAGAGACGGUCUCUACGCCGUCGUCCUCUUCUUCACGGUCUUCUUCAUCGUUGUCACCUGCUUGAUGGUUCUAUAUCGAACAAAAGAAGUUUCUGAGAGGCAGCGUAAAGCUCCGCCCCCUGUGGUCCACCAGAGCAAACCCGCCCCCCUGGACCCGGUCCGGAGGUCCAAGGGUACCAAGGGCGUCACAUCAGGCAGCAUGGUCCAGAUCGAUCCUCCGCCACCUGUAGCCACACCCACUUACCAGCAGCAGCAAGUCCCAGCCUGCCGCCGCCUCGCCCCGCUGCCCAGCCCCGCCCCUGUCAUAAACGGCGACGACGCCCACCUGACCCAGGUGGCUUCCAGUAACGAGCUGAAGCCGUGCCCCUCCCCCUUCAGGAUGAAACCUGCUGCAGGUCUGCAGGAAAGACGAGGUUCAAACGUGUCUCUGGUGUUGGACAUGUCUGCUCUGGGCGCGGUGGAGCCCCUCAACGUUGCCGUGGUGACCCCCAAAGAGGCGGCGGCACGGGAGUACCUGCUGUCGGCUGGACGGCCGCUGACACGGCAGCAGCUACAAGACGCGGUGAACAACACGCACACGCUUCACGUGGAGUUCGCCGAAAUUCCAAUGAAUUUCAUCGAUCCCAAGGAGCUGGACGUUCCCAACCAUGGGACCAAGAACAGAUACAAGACCAUUCUGCCCAAUCCUCAUUCCAGAGUGAUUCUGAAGACCAAGAGCGGCAACGACCUCCUGAGCUCCUACAUCAACGCCAACUACAUCCGGGGUUACUUGGGUGACAGCAAAGCCUUCAUUGCCACGCAGGGCCCCAUGGUGAACACGGUGAACGACUUCUGGCAGAUGGCGUGGCAGGAGGAGGCGCCCGUCAUCGUCAUGAUCACCAAACUGAAGGAAAAGAACGAGAAAUGUGUUCUGUACUGGCCAGAGAAGAGGGGCAUCUACGGGAGGGUGGAGGUGUUGGUGAACGCCGUCAGGGAGUGUGAACACUACACCACCCGCAGCCUCACGCUCAAGUGUGGGAAUCAAACCCGCGUCCUGCAGCAUUACUGGUACACGUCGUGGCCGGACCAUAAGACCCCAGACUCGGCGCUGCCGCUGCUGCAGCUGAUGGCGGACGUGGAGGCGGACAGACGUGCAGCUGCCGCCGUGGGGCCGGUCAUCGUUCACUGCAGUGCUGGAAUUGGCCGAACGGGAUGCUUCAUCGCUACAACCAUCGGCUGUCGACAGCUGCAGGUGGAAGGGGUGGUGGAUAUCCUGAGCAUCACCUGCCAGCUUCGAGCCGACAGGGGCGGUAUGAUCCAAACAGGGGAGCAGUACGAGUUCGUCCAUCACGCCUUAAGCCUGUUCGAGGCCCGCCUGUCUGCAGAGACCAGCCAAUGAGCAGUCGGGACACUCGGCAGGUAUGACCGGAGCUUUGGGAGACUCGGGAUGUUCUCUACGACUUUCAUGGACAACAGGCUGGACUGUUGUGGGCGGAGCCAGACUGAAGGACAGAGGAACGGUAUAAAUCUGGAAAUGGAGCGUCUCCGUUCUUCAUGUCGUGGAGAUGGGUGGAGAGCUUUCCUUCUCUCAUUUGACUUUGGGAUUGUGUUUUUGUUUUUUAAACAAAGCAGACUCUUGUGUGGCGACAGAGCUCUGAUGUUUGCGUCUUUAGGGUUUGAAAUAGUUUUACUGUUUCUCUGACGGCUGUUGUAAGACGACUGUUAUCUGGAUCCUCAGCUGAUCACCUUUGACCUCUGGAGCCUGUUGAACUCCUUGGUUCCUACCGUCUUCAGGAACGUUCAAAAGCAGGGUUUACACUCAGAGGGGGGUUCAAACUUUAUUCCACUCUCAAAGAAGACGUUGUUGCACAGCUUCAUUACUGUCAAAACAAUCAUGUUUAAACUCAGAAAUUCUCACGUCAUGGAGUUGAGCAUCAGUUUGCUGGUAUUGGAACUGCUUUAUUUUAAUUGAUGGACGUUUGCCUUUAAAUAUAAAACGGGUUCUAGCAGACGGUCCUGACGGAGCAGCGCUCUGGACCGGGCCGUCCUGCAGCCAAUAAACCGAUAGACUAAAACCGUGCCGGUCCGCGCGGCUUCACGUUACAUCUGGUUUAGUUACUCAGUUUAUUCUGAGUUACUGAUGCCAUCGCAAUAAGUACCAUGCUAAUGUAGUAUUUAGGUAAAACUGCUCACAACAUGAAUGUACAGCCCUCAUCACUGCCAAGACCGAGAAUCAUGGGAGCUGUAGUUUAUGAGACCAAAAGACCAAACUACAGACGGAGACGCACAACCGUCACUGAACCUUCACACAAUUGUUACGCAACCAUCAGUUGUUGCUAGUUUUCACCGUGGAAAGUUCAGGUGAAGAAGCGUGGGUGUUUGGUGGCGAGCUCCGCCUUUACCCGGCAGGAGCUGAGUCGGCUCCAGUGAUCCCAUACGGGAAUGAGCUGGUAUAGAAGAUGGCGGGUCGAAACCCGGCCUUUUGAAACGACCACCACGCGCCAAACCUCGGUUCAUUUUUAAAACGUGUUCAGUCCCUGUAAGGAAAAUGGUUGAAAUGCAAGUAUGACAAAUACAUAAAACCGAAAAACCUCCAGGAGAACCUACGACUAAUAAACUAUAAAGAAAAAGUAGGAAAAUUGUUGAGACUUUUGGACUUUUGUUUUGAUAAAUGCAGCAAGAAUCUUUCUUUCCUGCUGCUGUUUCUGCUCCAAACUAAUACUUGUUAUAUUCUCUUACUUUUCAGUUUUUACCCAAAUUUAAAAUAAUUUGUCAUGAUAAAUGGGAUGUCAUAGAUUGUGAAUGUUAUUUUUCUGUCUCAGUCAUUAUUUACAACGUUACUACGUCUUUAGGGUCUGCAGACCUCAAAGACACGCGGUAAAGUUACUAAAACGGUUUCCACAUUACAAUAAUAAUCUAGAUGUGAAAUUGUCAUCUGUACAAACUUUUAAAACAUUUGACACACAAUCUCUGCAUAUUUCCAUCAUUAUAAGUUCAGAAAAAAGAUGUAAAACUUUGUAAAACUGAGGGUCCACUUACCGAUAACCGGCACCGUAUCCAAGACCGUCUGAUGCUGGAGUCCGGUUUGUUUGUCCGCUGGGAUCCAUCUGUUGCGUGGCCAAGGCCGGAUCUACUGCUGAUUCUCCACAGCUCUGAUCUCAGUUAUGUCCCCCCCCCCCCAUGUUAAAAAUAUGAACCACAAUGUAAACCAACUGAUAGGUUAGAGGGGGGUGUCAGGACCAGAUCUUCAGGGACAAUACAAGCGAGAAGAAGGACCACAUCUGGACUUUCCCGCCAUCUGUGGAGCAGAACUCGGCUGUCGGUCAGUAAACGGGAACGCGUGUAAAAAUCACGGGGCGUUGGAACGGAAGGACUUUUUAGUGUUCGGGUCAUUCUUUCCACUUGUGAAUCAUAACAACGGGACAUUUGUGGAUCAUCUGCCUCCCUGGUUAUGGCCCACCGCCUUUUCAUGCAGGAUCAGAACCAGAACCCGCUGAGCAUCAACCAGUGCUUCCUGUUGGGAUUACUACUGACGGAAGGUUUUGCCGCCAUUUCUGCAUCCCUGGAAGACGCUGGUUGCAGUGGGAGGGGCACUAGUCCUGUGGUUGACAGUCUUUAGGGAUUUUUUAAAGGAACCUGAAGCGGGCGGCCAGUGUUAGCGGAUAGAUCCCACGUUUCUGUAUCCAUGCAGUUAGACAGGAUUGUGUGCUGACGAGAAUCGAACCUUUGAGGUGUUUAGUCGUGUCCAAACGUGUUACGGUCUCUGCAUUAGAAACAGUUGAGUAAAACAAGACAAAUGUGUGUUGACUUAUGUGUUAAGUCAUGUCAGCUAACAUGGAUAAGCUGCUUAUCUGACUCGUUUAAAGGAAAGCUGUCAGUUUUUAAGGUUUUUCAGUUAAACUUACGGCUAAAUCUUUGUUUCCUCCAUAUGUUGGAACGUCUCACUAAGUCUGAACUUUUUUAUCUAGUUUGUGUCCAGUUUCAUUAAAGUACUGAGUUUCUGAUUUUAAAUUGGUUCCCAGGUAUUUCAAUAAAGGUUUUAGUGUGAAUGACCUCUUUGGUUCUUCUGUUAUCAGACACGGUUGUGUUUUAUUCACAUCCAUGACGAGUUUCGACGUCCGUCGAAACUCGUCAUGGAUGUGAAUAAAACACAACCGUGUCUGAUAACAGAAGGUUUUCCAGGUAUUUCGUGUUCAUUGACAUCAUAGUGGGAAAAAAAACAGCUUUUAUUUAGUUUUUGAAGAGUUAUAAGCAAACUCAUUUGGUGUUGAUGUCCUUAUGCUAAAGCGAUUUAGUUUUUCUGAAACUAAAACGGCUGUUUUUCUGGCUUUUAUCUUUUAAAACGUGAAAAACCGCUUCAGAAAACGGAAUCUGAUUUUCAUGAGAGCAUCCUGAAAAUACAGAUCAGAACACACUCGUACCAACUAUGGUGUCAUGUUUGCUCUGACAAACGGACCUGAAUGUUGUUGUGGAGCAAAACAUUUGCCACUGUAGUGCUGUUACUGUGCUGUCUGCCCACAUAUAUACUGUAACCUGUACUCUGUGUAAUAAAUACUCCAAACAUGAAA